AUGGGACACAAGUGGUCCGCGCUCAAGCAGUUCUACCCGCCCAAGUCCGAGUUCAGCGUGGACCAGAUCCCAGACUUGACCGGGAAGGUCGUCGUCGUCACUGGAGGCUACGUCGGGAUCGGUUAUGAGACCGUCAGGGUUCUGCUCGCCCGAGGCGCGAAGGUCUACAUCGCGUCUCGCAGCGUCGAGAAGGCUGAGAAAGCGAUCGCCUCGCUCAAGUCUGAGACCGGCAAAGAGCCACUCUUCAUCCAGCUCGAUCUCGCCGACUUGCACUCGGUGAAGAAAGCCGCGGUGGAGUACCUCAGCAAGGAGAACACGCUCGACAUCCUCUUCAACAACGCAGGCGUGAUGAUGUGCCCGCAGAGCAUGCUCACCGCGCAGGGAAUCGACCUCCAGUUCGGGACAAACGUGCUCGGUCACUGGUACUUUACCGAGCUCCUCAUGCCCGCCCUUAUUGCUGCUGCCGAGGCGUCCUCGGACCACCACGCGCGCGUGAUCACCACAUCGUCGUCGGGCGCGUACAGCGAAACGCUGCACUUCGACACGUUCAACGACGGGCCGCGCGCAAGAAGAUGUCGCCCACGCAGCUCUACUUCCAGAGCGAACGUCGUCGUCGCGCGCCAGGUUGCGAAGCGAUACGCGGAAAAGGGCAUCAUCUCCAUCUCCUUGAACCCAGGCGCGCGCACACCAACCUUCCCCACUUCCACAGGCAACAUCUCGACAGAGCUUCAGCGCCACGAACUGGUCAUGCUCUACCCCACGCCAUACGGCGCGCUCACCCAGCUCUACGCCGGCACGAUGCCCGAGGCCGUAAACCACAACGGCGAGUUCUUCAUCCCUUGGGCGCGCCCAGGGAAGUGCCGUCCGGAAGCAUAUGACGAUGCGAUCGGGGAGAGGCUGUGGACAUGGUGCGAGGAUACCGUCAAGGAGCUGGCAUGA